AUGGAGGUGGAGGAGCGCGAGGCGUGGGCGCGCGGGCUGCCCGUGGUGCAGGAGCGCGUGCCGUACUCGCAGGUGGUGGCGCUGAAAAAGUCCAAUGAGCUGAAGCACAUCAUCAAGCACCCUCAGUCGUCGCUCCAGGUGAGUGAGAGAAUGAAGCGCGCAGGUGAGUGCGGCAAUGAAGCGCCUAGUGCAGCGCUGCUCCUCCGCGUGGGCUGCCCGUGGUGCAGCAGCAUGUGUGUGUCACUCACCAUGCGACAGCAUGGUGCGCUGCAUGCUGCCGCCGCUUGUGCUCCAAGACAUUCGGAGCCCGAGUGCGUGUUUCUCGUGCUCAAGGACUGUGUGUCGGAGCCCGAGCGAGUGUUCCUAGUGCUAAGGGGCGACCGCGUGUCGGAGCCCGAGCGAGUCUUCCUAGUGCUAAGGGACGACCGCGUGUCGGAGCCAGAGCGAGUGUUCCUAGUGCUAAGGGACGACCGAGUGUCGGAGCCCGAGCGAGUGUUCUUAGUUCUUAAAGACGACCGAGUGGUGCGCUGCAUGCUGCCGCCCCUCGACCGCGACCCCGCCUUCUGGGCGGCAUGGAAGGAUCUCAGUCUAGAUUCGCUCACCAUCAACGCCUUCUCGCCGCCGCCCGCGCCGCCCGUCAUGCAGCCCUGGGGCCUCUGGGGUCCUUCCUUGAAGUUUCUGCAGGACUGGGGGUGGGUGGGGGGAGGGGAGGGCCGGCGGGAGGGGGUUGGGGGGAAGGGGAAGGGGGGAGCGGAGGGGGCGGGGGAGAGUGCGGGGAAGGGGAAAGGGAAGCCGUUGACUGCAAAGCAGAAAGCGGAAGCUGCUAUGAAGGAGCGGGUGAGGAGACUUGCAGAGGAGAGGAAGGAGACGGAGAGGAGGAGGGUGGAGAAGGAAAGAGAGCUUAAGAGGCAACGAGAGGAGAGGAUUCGGAUGGAGAGGGAGGAGAGGAGGAGGGCGGAGAGGGAGGAGAGGGAGCAGCAGAAGCAGGAGGAGCAGGAGCAGAAGCAGGGGGGGGCGAGAGCGAAGAAACGGGGAGCGGGAGCAGAGGAGAAAAACGUGGAGGCGAGGAGAAAGAAGCUAGUGGCACAGGUGGCCAAUCAGGAGCGUUGGGGUUCGUUCUACAAACAGGCGGCCAAUAACGAGGGCGUGCGGUUCCUGAUCGGGGCGGCGUUCUUCGUCUUUUUCUACUUUGGGAUCAUCGUGAACGUGAAGAAGAAGCGGAAGGAUUACGAGGAUCGGAUCAAGUUGGAGCGGGCGGCGGAAGAGGAGAGGAGGAAGAUGGAGGGGUGGGAGGAGGACAUGGAAGAGAUGGAAGCGAGGGAGGAGGAGGAGGCAGAGCGGGAGAAAGAGAAGGAGAAGAAGGGAGGGAAGAAGGCUGGGGUGGUGGUUGCAGGGGAGAAGGAAGGGGAUGGGAAGGGCGAGGGGGAAGGGGAAGGGAAGGUGGAGGAGGAGAAGAAUCAGGCGAUUCUGGCCGGCAUGCGCUUCAUGCGGUCCGGGGCUAAAGUGCGGCGCGCUCGCAAGGGCAAGCGCACGCGUCGCCCCACGUACCUGGACAUGAGUGCAGAGGUGAAGUUCUCGGAUGUAGCCGGGCUCGGUGAAAUCAGGCGCGAGCUGGAGGAAGUGGUGGAGUUCUUCCAGUCGGCUGAGAAGUACCGCCGCCGCGGCUCCAAGAUCCCCUCGGGCAUCCUGCUCUGCGGCGAGCCGGGCAGCGGGAAAACUUUACUCGCGAAAGCAGUGGCAGGAGAGGCGGGAGUGAGCUUCUUCUCGGUGUCGGCGAGUCAGUUCGUGGAGAUCUUCGUGGGCGUGGGGGCCAGCCGCGUGCGCGCGCUGUACAAUGAAGCCAGGGAGAACGCGCCCUCGGUGGUGUUUAUUGAUGAGCUGGACGCGGUGGGACGGCAGAGGGGUCUGACGGAGGGCUCGGGCGGGCAGGAGCGAGACGCUACUCUGAACCAGCUGCUGACGUGUCUGGAUGGCUUCGAGGGCAGAGGUGACGUCAUCACCAUAGCAGCCACCAACCGGCCGGAUAUUUUGGACGCUGCCCUGGUGCGGCCGGGCAGGUUCGACCGGAAGAUUUACAUCCCCAAGCCGAGUCUCAAGGGGCGAGCCCAGAUUCUUGAGGUGCACAGCCGCAACAAGGUGCUGGAUGAUGACGUGGACUUUGAGGCGGUGGCGCAGGUGACAGAUGGCAUGUCGGGCGCUGAGCUGGCGAACGUUGUUGACGUGGCGGCGCUCAGAGUGCUGCGGGAGAACCGAUCCGAGAUCACAACGGACGACAUGCUGCAGGCCGCCAUGCUGGAGGAGGGGGGGUACCCCUCGCCCCACGAGGGCAGUCCAAUCAGGCAGCGCCAGCUGGCGCUCAACGAGGCGGCGCUGGCCGUGGUGGCGUUCAACUUCCGCGACUUCCAGAACAUUCAGCUGAUCACGGUGGUGCCGCGAAUGACGGAGGAGAAGGGUUCAGUGCGGUACAAGCUGGUGGACACGCAGAAGAUGAAGGCCAACUUCAUCUCCGCCUCGUGCCUGCGCGACUUCAUCACCGUUCAGCUGGCGCCCAUGGUGGCUGAUGAGAUGUGGAACGGGGCCGAGGAGACGUGCACCAUCUGGGCGGACCACGCUGACGUGGCGCGCCGCACAGCGCGCCAGGUGGCGCUCAACGGUUUGUCGGCGCCGAGCGAGGAGGGUGCGCUGUACGGCAUCGGCGUGGCGGCUGUGGAUGCACCGUGGCGCCGUGAGGCCGUUGAUGCCGAUGCCUCCCGCAUUCUUGAGGAGUGCCGCUCCAGGGCCGCUCAGAUCUUGAGGCGCAACCGCAGCCUGGUGGAUGCACUAGUGGACAAGCUGGUGGAGGUGAAGGCGAUGGGCGGCGAGGAGUUUGCCAGCCUGGCGCGCCAGUACGGGUCGUUUGACUCGCCGCCGCCCUCCCCGGUGGAGAUGAGGGACCGCCAGCUGGCACGGUUCCGAGAGGCCAUGAUGGCUGGGGAGAAGGAGCGGGCGGCACAAGUGCUUCUGGCUGACCCUGUUGCUGUGGAGUGA